UGCAGCUUCUUCCCGGUGAAAAGAUCCCCAUACAAAGGGAAGGGGGAAUCCCACUAGAAUUUAGCUAAGAACUUAAGAACACCGCAAAACUAAAGCAAAGGAGUCCAACUUGAAGAAUCAUCAGUGACGCGCGAAACCCAACUACACACGCUCACGCACGCGCCCAUGUAAUAAAAGUCGCACAGAGGGAGAGAGAACACGUAGUGGAAUUUGGUCCGUGUAUGCGAUGAGGGACAGAGAGACGAACACGAAGGCUCGCAUCCAUUUCUUCCUUUCUCAAUCUCAAUUAAUGCGCUGAUUUUUUCUCACUGGCUUUAUUUGAGAGUGUGUGCGCAUCAAAUCCUCAAUGUCUGGCGAGGCAGCUUCUUCGUUCACGGCGGACGAGCUCGACGUGGAGGACUACAUUUGGGCGAAUGAAGGAGAGGGAUCGGUGCAAUGGGCCACAUUUAGCCAUGUUUUUGAUCUCGUUCAGAAUGGAAACCAAGCGUUUCGAGACAAACGAGUUGAAGAGGCAAUCAGUUAUUACUCAAGAGCCAAUAACAUUAAACCAGGUGAUCCUGUUAUCCUUGGCAACCGAAGUGCUGCUUAUAUCAGGAUUAGCCAAUACCUUAAGCACAGACCUCCAUCAGCUUCUGAAUAUAAACCAUUGAAUGGGCUGGAUCCUACAACACAUGCUGAGCUUGCUUUAAAGGAUGCUGAGAAGCUGAAUAAUCUCCGAAGUAAUUCAGUAAAAUCAUACAUUCUAAAGGCCAAUGCUCUCAUACUGUUGGAGAAGUAUGAGAUAGCUCGGGACGUAAUUCUUUCAGGUCUACAGGUCGAUCCUUUUUGCAAUCCUCUUCGUGCUUCUCUCCAGAAUUUGGAGAGGACAUCAACCAGUUUAAUUGAGAGGAGAAAUCAUGGGAAAGCAGAAAGGACUGAUGACUUUGAUUGUACGCUAUGCCUGAAGUUAUUAUAUGAACCCAUUACGACUCCUUGUGGGCAUUCCUUUUGCCGUUCAUGUCUAUUUCAGUCCAUGGAUCGCGGUAACAAAUGUCCAUUGUGCCGAUCCGUACUUUUUGUUAGUCCUAGAACGUGUGCAAUCAGUGUAACGCUCAACAACAUUAUACAAAAGAACUUCCCCGAGGAAUAUGCUGAAAGGAAGUCAGAGCAUGACAGUUUGAUAAACCUUGGCGUUGAUUUGUUGCCACUUUUUGUCAUGGACGUCGUCAUACCAUGUCAAAAGUUUCCACUGAACAUAUUUGAACCCCGGUACAGGCUUAUGGUGAGGAGGAUAAUGGAAGGAAACCGGCGGAUGGGAAUGGUUAUCGUUGAUUCUACAACAGGUUCCAUAGCUGAUUUUGCUUGUGAAGUAGAGAUUACUGAGUGUGAGCCACUUCCAGAUGGACGUUUCUAUUUAGAGACUGAAAGUCAACGGAGAUGCCGCAUAAUCCGAUCUUGGGAUCAAGAUGGUUAUCGUGUUGCGGAGGUUGAAUGGGUGCAGGAUGUUUGUCCACCAGAAGGAACAAGAGAAAGAGCAGACUUAGAGGGAUCGGCAAAUAGUGCAGCAGACUAUGCUCAGUCAUGGCUAAGGAUGGCAAAAGAAGCAGCACGGCAAGAUCGAAGAAGACUUGAGAAACUCUUGAACAUUGAAGCAAUGAUGCCUGCAACAACAGAUCCUGAGCGCUUCAGUUUCUGGCUUGCUACCCUGUCAAAUCGGAGGCCUCAUGAAAGAUUGGAGCUCCUGCGCAUAAGAGAUACAAGAGAGCUGGCUGUAGACAAGCUCCUUGACCAUCUUUCUCUGUCGACUCUUCUGUUAAGCCAGAUCUCUUUUUGGUUGGUUGUUCAGAAAUCUCCCGACAUACAUCUUUGCACGUCCUUUCCCUUCCUCCCAACAACCUCCUCCUUUAUCUUGUUUCUCUGUUCCUGCUGUUUCUCUAACCACUACGGCCAUUUCUGUACAUCCAAAUCCUUCCGAAACCCACGUACAGUUUCUCCCCACCACCCCCAUUCCCCCCCCCCCCAAAUCUUCAUCCAUGUAGUUGCUUUUGGCAAAAAAAAAAAAAAAAAUCAUCCCAUUUUGUCUACUCCACCAUUGACAAUUACCGGUGCGAAGGUAAUGGGAGGAGACAUUUUUAGGCUUCCGUUCCUCCUCUUCUUUCUAUUCCACCUCGCAAACUUUGCUUCAGCCAAAGGCAAUGGUGGCUCUUCAACAACGGCCGCAUUCACACCAGCUGAUAACUAUCUCAUCAAUUGUGGGUCAUCCCAACCGACCCGGCUCGACGAUGGCCGGACCUUCAAAUCCGAUCAUGACACCACUUCUCUCCUCCAAACAGAGGAAGAUGUACAGGCUUCAGUCGAUUCCAUUUCCAUCAACGCCUCUUCCUCCGUACCUCCUUCAUCAUUACCUCUAUUUCUCACAGCAAAGAUAUUUCCCGGAGACUCCACAUACACAUUCUUCGUUGCCCAAGCAGGGCGGCAUUGGAUUCGUCUCUACUUCUACCCCCUUGCUCAUCCCUCGUACAAUCUGACAGAUGCCGUUUUCUCUGUCUACGCCGACGAGAUUGUUCUCCUACACCAGUUCUCCGUCAAGGACAACACUUCAUUGGUUUUUAAGGAAUACUUGGUUAAUGUUUCGAGUCGAUUCUCCCUCCAAUUUAAGCCCCAUAAGAAAUCUUACGCGUUCAUCAAUGCUAUUGAGGUAGUCUCCGCUCCUGACUCUCUAAUCUCCGACACGGCAACCUCAGUUUCCCCACUCGGAGAUUUCAACGGGUUGUCCAAAUCUGCUCUCCAAGUAUCUUAUCGGUUAAAUGUCGGAGGGCCGACCAUAAUUCCUCAAAACGAUACAUUGUCAAGAACAUGGGAACCCGACAGCCCGUAUAAUAUGUUCCCGCAAGGUUCUAGAAAUGCCUCUGUCUCCUCCAAAAUCAUCAAAUUCCCGGAGGGUGGGGCAACGCCAUAUACUGCUCCGAAUUCAGUUUAUGCAACGGCAGUGCAUAUAAAAGAUCCGAUUGCAUUGCAACCCAAUCUCAACCUCACUUGGAAACUGAAGGUGGAUCCUGGUUACUCCUAUUUGAUCAGAUUGCAUUUCUGCGAUAUAGUGAGCAAUGCCCUCAACAAUUUGUACUUCAAUGUAUAUAUCAAUGCGAUGGUGGGUGUGUCAGUUCUUGAUCUCUCGUCCCUCACCAAUGCCCUUUCCACUGCCUACUACAAAGAUUUCGUGCUCAAUGCGUCUGCCAUCACAAACAGUUCUAUCAUGGUUCAGGUUGGCACUGCUGAAUCCCAGUCAGGCAAUACAGAUGCAAUUCUCAAUGGAUUGGAGAUCAUGAAGAUGAGCAACGGGGCGGACAGCUUCGACGGUUUGUUUAGCUUUGAUGGGUCAUACAAGGGAUCAAGUUCACCAACAAGGGCAAUGAAGAUUUUGUCGGCUGUCGGCCUGGCAAUGGCGGUGACGGCAAUGUUAUUGCUGGUGACGGUUUUCGUCCGGUGGCAGAAGAGACCAGAAGGAUGGGAGAAGAAAAAGAGCUUCUCCUCGUGGCUCCUCCCACUCCAUGCCAGUCACACUAGUUUCUUGUCCAGCAAGAGUAGCUCUCGGAGGUCUAGCCUAUUUAGUUCCCGCAAGAGCAAGAGUGGCUACUCUAAUUACUUUGCAGCUCAGGGUCUAGGCAGGUUCUUCACCAUUUAUGAACUGCAGAAUGCUACACAAAAUUUUGAUGAGAAGGCAGUGAUUGGCGUUGGAGGGUUUGGAAAAGUGUAUAUUGGGACGUUGGAAGAUGGAACCAAGGUUGCUAUAAAACGAGGAAGUCCAGGUUCUGAGCAGGGGAUUAAUGAAUUCCGGACUGAAAUCAACAUGCUCUCCAAGCUUCGGCAUCGCCACCUCGUUUCUUUAAUUGGAUUUUGCGACGAGCAAUCGGAGAUGAUCCUCGUGUACGAGUACAUGGCUAAUGGACCGCUUCGCGACCACCUCUACGGAGCAAACCUCCCUCCUCUGUCAUGGAAACAACGGCUCGAGAUUUGCAUUGGUGCUGCUCGUGGGCUGCAUUAUCUUCACACUGGUGCAGCACUAGGAAUAAUACACCGCGAUGUGAAGACCACAAACAUUCUCCUUGAUGAAAAUUUCGUCGCCAAAGUUUCCGAUUUCGGAUUGUCGAAAGCCGCACCAACAUUGGAUCAAACCCAUGUCAGCACAGCCGUGAAGGGUAGCUUUGGGUACCUUGAUCCUGAGUACUUCAGGAGGCAACAGCUUACUGAGAAAUCCGAUGUGUACUCAUUCGGUGUAGUGCUUUUUGAAGUACUAUGUGCCAGGCCUGUCAUAAACCCUUCCGUGCCGAGGGAGCAGGUCAGUCUGGCUGAAUGGGCAAUGCAGUGCCAUAGGAAGGGCAUCCUUGAGAAGAUAAUCGACCCCCACAUUGCCAGUAGUAUCAACUCUGGAUCGCUGAAGAAGUAUGUCGAAGGAGCAGAGAAAUGCCUGGAAGAAUAUGGCGUGGAUAGGCCUGGAAUGGGAGAUGUUUUAUGGCACUUAGAAUAUGCCCUCCAGCUUCAAGAGACAGCCUCACAGAUUAAUUCUCCAGAGGAUAAUACAAGGCUUGUUGCUUUGGAAAACCCCAUUCAGAACGAUUCUACAGCACAUUGUUCUACUACUGUUAGUGAUGAUUCGGAAGUAACAGCUGGUUCUCCUUUAUUUUCUCAGAUUGGAAAUUUCCAAGGAAGGUAAAUCUGGCUCCCUAUCUGAAGGAAAAACAAAAAACAAAUAUUCAGAUAGGGAACUUCCACGAUCUGCCUGAGAGGGAUGGAUAAUCACAGGCUAAGUUGGAGAAAAAGGGUUAGUCAAAUUUUCUGUUGUGCAUUUGAUUGUGAAUUGUGAUAAAGAUUGUGUUUUUCAGAAUUUUCACGUCUUCCCCAAGCCCCUUUUUCAGAAUGUUUUACAUUUCAUUGAUGAUUUUUGUUUUAAUGCUUGAGCUGCCUAGCAAGUUUCGACUGUGUUGUCUUAGCUUGCAAGGAUUUAUGUCAGAUUCACAUGCAUCAUUUAUAUAUUGAA